AUGGCUGUUUGGAGAAAUGUGGUAAGUUCCCUCUGUUACAUUGCAAUGUACUCUAUCUGCUUCAAGCACCUACUGGAGUUCAUUUGACCUGCAGUGGGUAAAGAGUAGAACCUAAAUCUUUUGAGCUACAACUACUCUCAAGCUUUCAUUACUUUAAAACUGGCAAAGCCUCAUGGGAGCUGUAAUUUAGCAACCACAUUAAUUGCUUCAACUCUGUUUUAAGCAGUAACAAUUUUAACUUAUUUCUCAUUCAAGUGAGUUGUCUUCAUUCAUAUGGGGGGAAAAAAUCUAGUCAAAAGUGAUUUUUAUAUUCAUGGUUUUUAGACCUAGCUCUUUACUUUCAAAAAGCUAUGUAAAUCGCAUUACACUGGGUCCUGCACCAGUAGUCUGUAGGAAACUGUAACCAGACAUGAUGGUUGUUAUAAUUAGGUUAUUGUAGUCCUCCCCACAUGUAGGAUAGAUAUUGAUCACAUCCCUGUUUAGUCCACAUAAACUACAGCUGUAACCAUGUUUUGUUUGUGAUUUUAUGCAGAUCACAAUGGCGUUGUAUUAAUUGCUUAAACGAACGCUAUAUAGUGUCAGGAACCCAAGGCAUUCCUAAAAAACUAUAGUGUUAAAAUGACUGUUUAGAUACUUGGGCCCCCUCUUUACUUUUAAAAAGGUGAGUUUUCUUACUCCCCCACACCCCCCCGCCUCCACGGCUGAAUCGAAUGAAAUUUGAUUUCUGCCAUUGCAAUGCUCUCCCUUGGGAAAGCUUUGGGGUGCUAUUGUGCAUGUGCUGCAAAAUGCCACUCUGUGCCAAUCAGCAUCUCCUUGUACAUUGUGUUAAUGCAUUUCUAUGGAGUACAUUCAGCUUCUCCAUGCAGAGAUCCUGAAAAGGCAGUGUUGGCAUUUAAAAGCCUGCAAGGACAUGCUAUAGACACAGAACUAUAUUAGGCUCCGUCCCUUUAAAGUUGUUAUCCAAUGUACUAUGGAUUUGUUUGUCAUUAUAUAUAUAUAUAUAUAUAUAUAUAUAUAUAUAUAUUUUUUAUUUUUUUAUUUUUAUUUUUUAGCUGUUGGCUAACAACACUAGUUUACAUUUUUAGAGAAUGGUCAUUGGGUUUUAUACAUUUACUUAUUUUCCAAGUUAUGUUUCAGUAUAACAACAACAAACUGCUGUUGUUGGAUUGUCUAGAGGGCGCUUGUCCCAUACCUUAGUCCAGGGCUGCUUAAAACGCACAUCCCUAGAUGUUUUAAAACUACAGCUUCCAUGAUGCUUUUGUCAUUCUAAAGGCAUGCAAAGCAUCAUGGGAGUUGUAGUUCUGCAACAUCUAAGGAUCUACUGUUCGGGCACUCUUGCGUUAGUUUAAUAUAAAUGAGGAAUUACCCCCCUCUUGGCUGCAUUGAUUCUACUUCCACAUUAUCACUAUUGUCCAUGUUGAUUGAAAUUGACACACUGAUGAUAAUAAUACAGAAUUGCUAAUUCAAUGUUAUCAGUGCAUCUGUGAUGCAUUAACAGAGGGACAAACUUUUUUUUAAUUAUAUUUUUUUUGCUACACGUGCAAAUCUCAUUUCUUUAGCUCCCUCUGGAAGUGGACAAUCACAUCGCUGGUGAGAUGGUGGCACUCAAAAACAGAAUACGAAGACAACCUCUUGAUGAGAUUGGUAACUGCGCUGUGGUUCCAGUUGGCAAACCAGUGGCUGUGGUAUAUAUUCACUUCACUAGCUUUAUUAACUCUGGGUACCUUAGGCCUACCAACUAUAUCUAGUUGUUUUUUCCUUCUGUAGAACAAACUACCAGCCAAAACUAAGCGACAUGGAGUUGCUAAAGUCACUGCACCAGCAAAAAUAAAAUUGCCUCCUGUACCAAAGACAGAGGUAAGAUUUUUUUUUUUUUCCUUCCAAAAAUGUAUACUAAUGAUGUUUAACAAAUACAUGUUGAUGUAUAUUUUGUUUCAUUGAAAGAAUAUUAAAAUGCAAUGUUGAAAGUCUCUGGACACCAUCUAAUAACCAUGCAAGAAGAUGUCAUUUUGUCUAAAUGCAGAAAAAUCCCAGACCCUAGCUCUGGCCAAUAUAACUUUAAACUCAUCUCAGUUUUUGAUAAUUGUAUUAGACAAACUUAUAUUUAGUGGGGGGGGCUACAAUCUCAAUUGGUGGGCGUGUGUGCGCAUCUUAGGUCCUAACUUAAAGGGCUAUCUUCGCAAUGCAUUAAAAAAUGUAAUCAUAGACUGUGUAAUAACUUCACAUCAGGUAGGUGAAUAAUUUCUCACUAAUGCCUCCACAUGGAGGAAAACUUAACAUUGUAGUAUGGUUUAUUUAUUUUUUAUGACCUAUUCCUUGUGAUAAAGAAUCCUAUUCCUACACCCAUGGAUUUAUCUGUGAAAGAGGAAGAGUUUUGUCAGGCUUUUUCUGAAGCUCUGAAUGUAGAAGAUGUUGAUGCUGAAGAUAUUGGAAACCCUCAGCUGUGCAGUGACUAUGUGAAGGAUAUCUACACUUACCUGAGGCAACUGGAGGUGAGUACAAGUAUUAACAGAGUAUUGAUAGUGUGCCCUGGAUACAUAGUGAAUUAAAUGCCUUCCUUCCCAAGGUCCAGCAGUCUGUGCGCCAGAACUACAUGAAGGGAAUGGAGGUGAAUGAACGUAUGAGGACUAUCUUGGUUGACUGGCUAAUUCAGGUCCAUACAAAGUUUUCCUUGCUGCAGGAGACUCUCUACAUGGCAAUUGCAAUUAUGGACAGGUUCUUGCAGGUAAGUAUCCCUGUAAUGUUCCCAGUUACUAAAAGGGUUAAGUUGCAGUGAUUAGGUGCUUCUGGAUAAUAUCGAGUUAAGGGGAAACUAUGCAUAAUGACUGUUGUACAAGACUUGACAUUUUACUUUUCUAUGCUACUGAAUGUGGCUAUAGUAUACCCACACCACAUACAGUGUUUUUGUCACUGGAAUGAAUGGGUAACUUUUGCUAGUUUAUUGAAUGAUUUUAUAAAAAUACACAGAAUACCUAAGUGUGUAUUCUUUUCUCUAAUGGUAAAAAUUCUAGGACUGGGAGUUCAGCAUUAAAGGGACAUUAUAGUCACCUGAACAACUUUAGCUUAAUGAAGCAGUUUUGGUGUAUAGAACAUGCCCCUGCAGCCUCACUGCUCAAUCCUCUGCCAUUUAGGAGUUAAAUCCCUUUGUUUAUGAACCCUAGUCACACCUCCCUGCAUGUGACUUGCACAGCCUUCCAUAAACACUUCCUGUAAAGAGAGCCCUAUUUAGGCUUUCUUUAUUGCAAGUUCUGUUUAAUUAAGAUUUUCUUAUCCCCAUUGUUCAUUGUUAAUAGCUUGCUAGACCAUGCAAGAGCCUCCUGUAUGUGAUUAAAGUUCAAUUUAGAAAUUGAGAUACAAUUAUUUAAUGUAAAUUACAUCUGUUUGAAAGUGAAACCAGGUUUUAUUUUUUUUUUUAUUUUUUUCAUGCAGGCUCUGUCAAUCAUAGCCAGGGGAGGUGUGGCUAAGGCUGCAUAAACCGAAACAAAGUGACUUAACUCCUAAAUUGCAGUGAAAUAGCAGGGGAAUGAUCUAUACACUAAAAUUACUUUAUUUAGCUAAAGUAAUUUAGGUGACUAUAGUGGUCCUUUAAGUUUUCAUUAAAAAGCUACAAAAUAAUCAUACACAUGGGGAAAAUGCUACCUACAAGUUUGCAAACUUUACACUGUAGACCAUUAUUGGCACAUGCUGCCAAAGAUGGCGAUAAUCUCUGUAUCACUAGCCAGUAGAGAAGAGUUUUUGGCAAAACUAAUGUCCUCAUGGGCAUCAGAUACCAGCAUGCUUGUGCAGUCAGUGGUCAUCUGGACACCCCUUCUGUCCAGCAGAGAAUUAUCAGGCUGGUUUGGGGGGAAUGGAGGGGGAUAACACACAGAAAGGGCUAUUCCAAUAAAAAUUAUAUUAAAAACAAAACAAAAAAGGUAUUUAGUUGGAGUAAUACUGUAUAAAAAAAAUAAAAAAAAAAUCACUAAUACUUGAAUAAUUUCACUUAUAUGUACUUUUGUGUAGUGUGGAUGGGAAGGCAUGCAUGUUCUUUGGCCCAAAUAAAAUUCAAGCUAACCUAGUUUUAAAACUCUAAAGUUUCAGCCAAUUUCCCGUAACAAGCUCCAGCUGGUUGGGGUUGCAUCAAUGUUCAUCGCUUCAAAAUACGAAGAAAUGUACUUCCCAGAGAUUUCAGACUUUGUAUACAUAACUGACAACACCUUCUCCAAAGCUCAAAUCAGACAAAUGGAAAUGCUGAUUCUCAAGGAGCUUAACUUUAACUUGGGAAGACCAAUACCACUACACUUCCUCAGGAGAGCAUCAAAAUGUAUCAAUGUGAGUACUUUUAGAGUAUUGGAGAAUCCAAUAACACUGCUCAGCAAACAUUACUAUUUCAGUGGCAGCCUUGUUAAAUGGUUUUGUGAUCAUUACAGGCUGAUGCAUUGAAUCACAAUCUGGCAAAAUACCUGAUGGAGCUCACCUUACUAGACUACGAUAUGGUCCAUUUUCAUCCAUCACUUGUAGCCUCUGCUGCACUUUGUCUUACACAAAAGAUUCUCAACUCUGGCACAUGGGUGAGUCCUUUAAUAUGAGAUUGCAUACCAAUACUAUUGUGCAGUGUUCAUGUGACCACUACAUGCUGGCAUAAUCUGUUAAAACCGAUUUCUCAAUCUCUCCACCUCUUGUAUUUGUGUGUAUUGUAUGUUCUCCACUAAUUGUACAGUGCCGCGGAAUCUGUUGGCACUUUAUAAAUACCAGUGAUAAAUGUUUUUACCACUGAGAUUGACGGUCACUAAAAUAACUUUGAUUUCUUACAGGAUCCCACACUGCAGUUUUACACCGGAUACACAAUUGAUGACCUGCUCCCUGUUAUGAAACAUAUUGCAAAGAAUGUAUUUAAACUGAGCCAUAGCUUGACCAAAUUUGUUGUAAGUAUCUAUGACCUUAAAACAAAUAUUUCUUCUGGGGCUAUGUAUAGGUUUUUGGAAAAUAUAAGUUGGUUGAAUCUGCAGUUGAGGAUAUGUUCUAUUUUUAGAAUAAGGGCUAGUAGCCCGUGGGAUAAGGUAUGAACCAACUCUUCCAUGGUGGAUCUGCAUCUCAAUGUGUAAUCCCUGAUGUUCCCCCACCCAGAAAAAUUAUGGUUGUGAUGAGAAUAUUCCAUAGUUCAGGGGUAGGCAACCUUUGGCACUCCAGAUGUUGUGGACUACCCCUCCCAGAAUGCAGUUACAGCCAUAAUGCCAGCAAAGCCUCAGGGGAGAUGGUGUCGAAGAUUGCCUACACUACACCAGGUGUAGGCAAACCAUAAGGUGCUAGGUAAAUGGAGGUGAAGAUUCUUCAGACAAGCAAAACCUAUUGAGUAUCACGAGGGGUGUAAAGCCUGUUGUAGAAACCCUUAAUAGGCUUUGUUUUGAUUGUAUGAAUUGUAGCAGAGCACCAAUACCUGGACUCUGUAUCUCCACUGGAUUAUUCCUCUAGCUGGAAAAGAGCGUUGUGUAGUGUUAUAGCCCUUUUUUCCCCCACACAUCAGACGAUACUUGAUGUUGGGACAAUGUCCCCUUUUAUACAGACCCCAGCAGGGGUCUCCAUUGACUGUAUAGGCAGUCCUUCCCUAACAUCUGUGUCGGAGACUAUUUAUUUAAUUAUUUGGCGAUUUAAACAAAUUAUCUGACACAGAAGCCAAAAAUACAAUAAUCCCCCAAAAAUUGAUAAAACAACCCUGAACCACCCACAUGUGACACAUUGCUGGACAGGUCUGAUCUGAGCACCUAUUCUGGCAAGAGUGCUCGAUUCAACAAAGAAUUGGGGAAACUUCACAGGUUCAAAGUCUUGAGCAGCAGUUUGAUAAAUCCUGCCUGAAAUUAGUUCCACAAGUUUAGUGCUAACAGUCGGUCAAUUUUAUGGGUACUCCUGUGAAGUGAAACAAGGAGGUUCCCCUGGCUUUCAGGGAGUGAUCAUUCCAUAGUGUCUGCUGUACCUCUCCCUCCAAUUGGCACUCUUUUAGACUAAGUGGAAGUGGGUAAAACUGUGAUGAAACUUGACUGGGAGGUGAUGCUGACCAUGGCCAAUCCAGCACUCCAUAUAACUACAGCCAGGUCCUGAUGGCUUGCUCUAGCUCCCUGAAACAUGCACAGUGUGGGAGUGUGCUUUGGUAUAGUACAGGGAGGGAAGGUAGGAAAAACCAGGGUUGGUGACAUAGUCCUUUGGGAACACUUUAGAAAACUAGCAAAAUGUUAUCAAAAUUACAAAUAAAUAGGGCCACUUCAGGUUUGUGUUCAAUAUUCUGGACUGGUUAAUGUCAGUCCUAUGCAAAAUGGUCAUCUGACGGCACUCGCCAAAUGCUGGCGCCAAUGGCAGCAUGGCUCAACUUCUUGGUGCUGCCCGAGUAUGGAACAGACAAGUCUUGGUGUUAAGUUUUAACUUUGGUGUGGACUACAUCAAAAAGGGUUACUCCAACCAGAACGUGUUUUAUGGAUUGGAGUAGCAUCUGGUGAUGCUGGGACAAAUUCUUGCACACUGUGCAUGAGGUGGUAAGAUAUAAUUUCAAUGACCAUUUGUUUUCAGCAAAGCUAACAAGUGUCAGUUCUCAGCAUAGCGAUAAAUUUAAACUUAUUUUCUGGGUUUUCCUGUAUAGUACAAGAUCCAAUAGUAAUCUGGUAUACCUUCAGGUUUUGGAUUUAAAAAAUGCAAAUCCUAUCUUGCAUAGCAGUCAUAUGUGAAAAAUGACUGUUAAAUCAGACACCAAAUGGUACCAACCAGAUUUGCUGUUGGUAAAUGAGUGGCAAAUAUGGCUAAAGUAAAAAAAAUUAAUGCACUUUGUAAAUCAAGGAAAAAUGUAACUUUUUACACCAACUGAAUACUGGAAAAAUUCUGAAACCUGAACGUUUCAGCUCCGCUAACUUAGAAUAAAAAGAUGGAACAGUAUUUUCUUGGCAGCCAAAUAACCUGUAGUUCACAAGGAAUACUACCUUCUGUUUUAUUGCUCUGCAGUUAUAUCACUGUGUUCUUUGUUUUUUCUUUUUAGUCUGUGAAGAACAAGUAUGCCAGUCAUAAAUGGCUGAAGGUCAGCGUCCUCCCACAGUUGUCUUCUCCGAUCAUUUCAGAACUUGCCGCCUCUCUGACCAAACUCUAAAGCUUUGUAGAGGAUGUCUUAAAUGGUUCACUUUACAUAAUUAUGUAGCUCAGCAUUGGUUUUAUUUACUAAAAACAGGCAUUGCAAGUUUGAGGGUAAAUAGAAUCGUUUAAUGUAUGAUGUAACAUUUCAAAGCAGUAAUUAACCUUGGCACCCGCAUGUUGGGAAAUUGCACUUCCAAUGACGCUAAAGCAGCCUUUAGGGUUUACAUCAAUUUUAAUCUUAAAUGCAAAAAAUGAAUCCUUAUGUUCUGUUUCUUGCAAAUAUCAAAUUUUACUUUCCGUUUGUUUCUGACAUUCAAAUUGUCCAUAGUCUUGGUGGAUGCAUGGUGCUUUUUACCAUGAAGUGCUUGGAUAGCUGCCAUCAGAGAGCAUCACCUAGGAGGCACACUGAAUAUACAAAUUACAAAGGCUACAAUGCAUGAAAUGGAUCAAUCUUAAUUCUAGUUUUUCUUAAAUUCUCAUUGUCACGAUCUACUUUAUUUGCUCUGUGGAGGCUUCUACAACCUCCAAGUAAAGAUCAGGCCAGAGAAGAAAGAGUUCUCCAAAGAUAACAUUAAAGCUAGUGAAAUGGCUUAAUAUGUACAUAAAAUUACAAAUGCAGAGCAUGCUAUGGCUUGUCAAAAAUAACUUGUUUCUGAAGGCUGCAUGUGACACUACCAUCUUAUGCCCUACAGUCAGGAAUUUCUGUGUAGUUGUCAGACGUGUGCUGUUUACGUGAUGUUGCCCUGCAGAUCAUCUCUAAACUCUUUAACUCUGAAUGAAAAGUGCUUGUACAUUUCCCAACUACUGCCAAGUACAUGUUUAGUUUUAUUGUAAAAUGUUUUUUUUAAUGUUAAACAAUGUCUUAUCCUUUGGGAAAUAAAGAUUAUUUUAUUCUAUGCUAUGAGUCUGUAUUUUAAUUUUUUUCUGUAGUUUGAAUUUUUAAAUAGGUCAUAGUGGCAUUAAUAAAAGUUUACAGAAAAUGGAAGGAAUCUCAGUACUUCAGUACCAGAUGCCUGCAAUCACCAUCUGUGUGCAAUUUUUAAAUCCUGCAGUUUACAACAAUGCAUUCAGGCUGACACCCCUUGGGGACAUCUUACAAAAGGUUUACCAAGUUAAAGGAACACGCCAUGUACUAGAACCACUGCAGCAUUCUAUAAUAGGCAUGGUAAAAGCAGAGCCCUGGCACUCCUUUACUGUAAAGUAAUAACCAUUUUAAAACACUUUGACUUCUUAACUGGGCUGGCUGGGUGUUGGGGGGGCCCCCCCCUCUGUCUCCUACAUCUGACAAGUGGAAAUUGUCUGAGCUAAGACCAGAUUAACAGAAGCUCCUAGGCAGGGACCUCGAGCUGACCUUUACCAGGCUCCACUCCCUGCCUCAACUACAUUCAACAAACCGUUACUUAUAAUAAAGGGUGCUAUUGUGCUUCUUGCACCAUAACCACUACAGUGUACUCUAGUGCUUAAAGUGUUCAUUUAAAAGGGGCACACAAGCUAAACUUGAAUCUUGUAGAUCCUGGGGGGAGGUGGAAGUUUCCUCCCAUGAGUUUGGCAAUUCGGAGCAUUGACUCUGGUUAGCAUGGCAACGCUCCAAGGAUCUUGCGGGAGAACUAACCUCUGCCUGCAGGGGACAUACAGUUUGUUUAUACAUUUAUUUUUUAACUUUUUGAAUUACCCAUAUUCCCCCAAUAUAUGGGCACUGCGCCCCCUGUCACAUAGAGCAUCCCACACCGCAAUAUGGGGAGUCUUUUAAAAAAAAAAGUGCCCACAUAGGAUGUCAGUGGCUGUAUGUGUGUCAGAGUAUGUAUAAUUAAGUGUCCGUGUGCGUACAUGCAGGGCCAGAUUAACAUAGGGGCUGAUGGAGCUGCAUGCCCAUGGAAUAGGCCUAAUGAUUUAAAAAAAAAAAAAAAUAUUUUUUACUCACUACUCUUAGGUUUGCCAGGUAUUUCUCAUGUAUUUCUUAUGGUUGCCAGGCAUUUCUCAGAAGUAUUUGAGGCUGGUGCCGGUACUGCAGUAAUAAACAGAUUAUUCUGCAAUACCAGCGCCGGCCAGUAGGAGUCUGUGUGGAGAGGCAGGGAUAAGAAGUUACAGCAUCUCCCUCCCUGCCUCUCUCUACUCACUGUUCCGCGGGGGAACAGCUCUGCACAGAUAGGCCAGACAGCAGCUGCGAGACUUGGGGAUGCUGGGAGACAUAGGGACACUGGGGAACAUGGGGCCCCUGAGACACUAGGGACACAGUGGCCCCUUGUCUCUGUGUCCCCAUGUCUCCCAGCCAGUGUCUCAGUGUCCCCAUGUCUCCCAAUGUCCCUGGUUUUUCUGUGUCCCCAUGUCCCUCUGUGUCCUUGGGGUCUGUGUCCCUAGUCUCCCAGUGUCUCAAGUGUCCCAAUGUCUCUAAGUGUCCUAGUGACAUCGGGAGACAUGGGGACACAGACUUUGAGGGACACUAGUAGACAUAGGGAUACAAACACUGGGCGACAUGGGGACACUGGGCGACUUUGAGACCUGGGAGACAUGGAGCACUCCCAGUGUCCUCAUGUCUUCCAGCAAGUGUCCCUAGUAUCCCCAUGUCUCCCAGUGUCCCUGGUGUCUAUCAAUGUCCAUAGUGUGCCAGUGUCUCAGUGUUUCCUAGUCUUCCAAAGUCCCCUAGUCUCUCAGUGUCCCCAGUAUAAAAGAAAAAAUUUCAGGCACUCACUGUGAUAGAUUUAAGCAAGUUUAUUGGACACUGCAGGUCUUUAUCAAGUCUCCAGUGUCCCCUAUGUAUCAGAGUGUCUCAGUGCCCCAUCUCUCCCAGUGUCCCUGGUGUCUGUCUGUAGUGUCUGUGUCCCCAUGUCUCAUAGUGCCCCCAAGUGUCCCAGUGUCCCCUAGUAUAAAAGAAAACAAUCUCAGGCAUUUACUGAGAUAGAUUUAAGCAGGGUUUUUGGACACCGCAAUGUUUUGACCUGUACCCAGGUCUUUAUCAAGUCUUCAGUGUCACCUAUAUAUCACAGUUUCCCCUAUGUAUCACAUUGUCUUAGUGCCCCAUGUCUCCCAGUGUCCCCUCGUGUCUCAAAGUCACCCAGUGUCCCCAAGAGUCUGUGUCCCCAGGUCUCCCAGUGUUCCUGAGUAUCUGUGUCCUCAGGACUCCAAGUGUCCCGAUGUCUCUCAAUGUCCCCUAGUGUCCUAGUGACAUGGGGACACUGGGAUACAUGGGGACACAGACACUAAGGGACUGGGAGACAUGGGGACACAGAAAUGCCAUCUUUUUUUGUGUAUGUUCGUCCUAGUUCUGGUUAUGUGAUUUGUGUCAGUGGCCCACCCUUUUACCCCAUCCAUAGACUUCCUGAUUUACUGGACACUGCUGUUAGGGGGUAUGGGUUUACUUGCAAGCGUGAGAUUAGCAUAGGGUAUGUGUUUUCUCAUAGCUGCAUCCUAUUAGUUUCCCUCCAGCACCAUCUCCAUCAGAUAGAUGAUUCUUAGGAUGUAGGACUGUUUUAGUGUUUUUGGUCAAUAAGGUUUUGUAAUUAGGCCCAUCAUAAUUGUCAGCACCAGGCCCAGUGGGCUCUUAAUCUGGCCCUGCGUAUAUGUCUAUCAGUGUGUAUAUGCAUAUGUGUCAGGGUGUGUAUCUGUGUCUCAGGAUAAGUUUGUGCAUGAGGAUGCGUGUCAGGGUAUGUAUCAGUUUAUUAGUAUGUGUCAGUUUACGUAUCUUUAAGUGGAUGUAUAGGUAUCUGUUGUGUCAUACGUACACUGACACACAUGCAGAUACGUAUACUGACAAACAUGCAGAGAUACAGACACAUAUAUACAUACACUGACACACUUAGAUACAUACCCUAUGUUUCUAUGUAUGUGUCAGAGUAUGUAUCGCUGUGCAGCUGCAUGUGUGUCAGUGUGUAUCUGUUUGUCAGGGUGUGUAUCUCUGUGUAUCUGCAUGUUUCUGUGUGUAUCUGUGUUUCACUGUAUUUGCAUGUGUGUCAGGUUGUGUAUGUAUGUGCAUCAUUGUGUCUGUAUGCCUGUGUAUCUGCAUGUAUGUUGGUGUUUGCAUCUGUGUAUCUGCAGGUGUGUGUAUUUGUAUCUAUAUGUGUGUCAGUGUUUGUGUAUCUGCAUGUGUGACAGUUUGUGUGUAUGGGGCAGAGGAGUAGCAGGGCUUGCCUAGGGCAGAGAGGAAACAGGGAGAGCCUGGGGCAGAGAUAAAGGGAAUAUGGGACAGAGAAAAAUGUAUAAAUUUGAAAUAAAUGCAACUUUUAAUUACAAACAUUUUGUUAAUGGGCUCUCACAGCUGGACUGGGUGUUCAUCCAUGCCAAACCUCCGUCUCCAGCCUCCAGGGUGGGCAUUGGCUGACUCAAGCAGACUGUCAAGGGGAUUUGCAUCACCCACCACUGCCCGGCUGCACAGCCCAAGGUCUAUGCCUCUAACUUUCAUUGUUUAACUGUUUUAUAUUUCUCUCUUGCUGUAGCCUUUAGUUCUUGUGCCCAUCAGCUCCAGAUUCCCUCACUAGAAAUAGUGGACAGCCACCAAUGGACGCUACGAAAUCAGACAUUAGCCACUAGAGAGCUUCACAAAAUUUUGCCUACAUAAACUACCCUGUUUGUAUACUCAGCGAUACACUCAAGCAUUUUAUGCAUUUCACUCUGCUUAGCAAUAAUGAUUUGAAUUUGAUCCCACUGACCGCAAGCUCCAUAUUGAGCAGAAUAAGGCUCUGCGGGUUACAUUGCUCUCCACUUCCUAACCUAUAUAACUCCCACUGGAUGAGCAACACACUGCCACUUUUCUUGUUUUAAUAUAUCAAUAUGUCAAUCUCAGAGCAAUACCAGUGUACACAUAAUACUGAUACAGAUGUAUCUAUCUUUCUAGCAAAGGUGUGCAACCCCAUGCUGCUCAGUACCAGAACUACCCCAUCUUGUUGGCUACAGCUAAGCGAUAACUGCCCACUAAUAAGUCUAACCGUAUUAUCUUUUUGCAUGGUUAAUCUUUAUUAUUAUCACUACUUAAUUAGUCUUCAGAUGAAAAGGCAUGUAUUACCCCAAAAAACAAGUGCAACGAUUCUUCACCUUAUCUGUUUACCUGCUGUCAUUAUGCAUCCUGUCAAAUGUCAAUAUAUAAGCCUGUACUUCUCACUGCACUCAAAAAAUAAAGAAUUUAAAAAAACAAACAAACAAAAACAACAUUUUGCUAAUGGGAGGGUUACAGUUUAUGGAAAUGGGCUGCCAAGGGGUACUCAAGUAAAAAAAAAGGUUGGGAACCACUGUUCUAGUGUGAUUCUCCCCCUCAAUCAUUGCAUAAAGUCAAAGGCGUGAUGCACACAAGUAAGUUUAUGUGGGAGCUCUGUGGAGGGAGGUCCGCAGUCCAUCAGGAACAAGAAGAAAUUGAGUUUCACAGGUGUCUCAAGGUAGGUUGAAGGCAAAAAUAUAUAUAUAUUUAUUGGAGAUCAAAAAGGACCAAAAAAAAAAAAAAAGAUAAGUUUCGGCCUAGAGGUUUUCUACGGGCUAUAUACAUGACUAAGGCCUCUAGGCAAAAACCUAAUUUUUUAAAAUGUAUUUUGGGGGGGGGGGGGCCUUCACCCUAUAUUGUGAUGCCUGUGGAACUCUAUCCCCUCACUCCUUGUUCACGUAAUGAUUUUUGACCACUUAAAACUACCCGUUAUAGCUAAAAUUUAUUGCAAUUGUGAUUCUGCUUUUAGUUCACUUAUGGACGUGUAUUUGCUGACUACUUCUAUAAGUUAAGCAUAGAGUAAGAGCCAGCAGAUGGGUUGCUGCAUGGAAUUUAUGAAUUAAGCCCAUUUUAAGCACUACAGUCUUAAAGUGGAACUGCCACUGUCAGGGCCGAUGCAAGGAUUUCUGCCGCCCUAGGCAAAGAUCCAUUUAGCUGCCCCCUCAUGUCACUCUCUCACACACACACACUCUCACUGACAUACAUACACACACACAGGCAGACACUCACUGACACAGACUCAGACAUCCAGCCUCCUUACCUCCCUGGGGUCUAGUGUGGUACAGCUCCUCACUCCUCAAGCGCGCUGUUUAGUAUGCCGGGGCCGGAAUGACGUCAUAUUCCGGCAUCACAGAGGGCGCGAAGGAGGAGUGGGAAGCUGCAAGAAGAGCCUCCUUUGCCACCUACCUGCCUCCUCUCCUCCGGCAUUCAUUGGCAGAACAGGCACCUGCCAUCAGGAUGCCUGCUCUGUCAUACUGAUUUAAGGACAGUUUCAGAGGACGCCCUGAGGUGGUCAUAUGGCCACCUCCUGGGCCCCCUGUGACAAAGCUUCUCCGAACGUCUGGAGGAUUGGCCAGGCGCUGAGGGAGGGCGGCUCUAGAGCCGCUUGCCCAGCGCUGCAGCUCAGGACAGAGGGAGCCCUUAACAGUGGCGCCGCCCCUGGCCACUGUCUAGGGCAGUAAUGGCUAACCUUGACAAUAUAAAUUGUUUCUGGACUACAUUUCCCAUGAUGCUCAGCUAGCUUUUAGACUCUAAAAGCUAGCUGAGCAUUAUGGGAAAUGUAGUCCAGAAACAAUUUAUGGUGUCAAGGUUAGCCAUCACUGGUCUUAGAGACUUUGCCAAACUGUUUCAAAGGUGAGAACUUGCCUCAACCUGUCCCUUGCGGAUGCUGCCAUCUUCCAGCCAGUCCUCUUCUCUACCAGGAGUAGAUGUCACUGCUGUAAUAUCACUAGUGUGCAAGAUCCUCCAAAGAUAAUGCAAAGUCCUUGCAGCUGUCUUCAUAUACAUCACGACUGGGUUGUAAUUACAGUGAAAUUUCAACCCUGACAAUAUGAGAAUUUCAUAAAUAUUCCAUCUAUUUCGGGGUGGGGUUGUAACAGUGCAGGUGAAAUAAAAUCUGUGACAGAAGCCCCUAUGCCAUGUCCUUUUGGAGAGGCUUGAAGGUCAGCCUCUUGCCCGCAAACUAUGGGACUAGUCCCAAGAGCCCUUGAAAGGGGCUUGUGACAGUAGCAUUUGAUAUAAAGCAACAAUGAAUCAUUUGUAUAACUCUGCAGUGCUCUCUGCUGCCUCAAUAUCUACAUAAUGCUGAUAUGCAAACUAGGGCAACCAAAAAAGUAUUUAAUUGUGUGUAUACAAACACACUAAAAAGCAUUUAAUAUAUAUGCUUUUUAGUGUGUUUGAAAAUGUUACUAAUAUAAAUAGUUAAUGUAUUAAUUAUAAUUGCUUGUUCUCUAUAUUUAUAUUUUAAAUGCUUGUCACGACAUGUUUAAGGAUGUCACCAAAGGCUAGCCCUUGUCCAAAAUAAAGCAUUGUGUGUUUGUUCCUUUUGUAACUGUGCGUCAUGGUUUGUUAUUUGGGGAUCCCAGUAACUGUCUUCAGACCUGUGGGCUGGCUGCUUGGUACCUGGAUCCUGGGAUAAGUCAAAAGAACUAGGCCUUAGAGCCACAACUGGUUUUGUAAAGGCAGUAGCUGUUCACAGUACAGGCAGAGAUGUGGAUACCUGCCUGGGAAAGGCAGAGGGGACGAUACCUGCCUGGAAGAAGAGAGCUGCAGCCUGGUUGGGUGGAAGAGUUCUUGAGACCACAGUAAAGCUUGUUGACGGAAUCUGAAGUGCUCCAGAAUCCCGUGUGGCAGCGCGGAAGCAGUCUUGGCCUAGGUACUCGGUAGGUGUACAGGAGCUCUGUCACACCAACUUACGUCGAACCUAAAAGUAGGAAGGAAAGGAAAGUAUAAAAGCAUUACAGUUUAAUUUAAGGUAUUAAAAUAAAAACCUGAAUUAUUUUUCUUUAUUUUGUAGAGACUGUAUUGAGAUCAAGCUGCCAGCACUACUCUAAGAGAGCAAAGGUGGUUGCCUUAGGACACGACAGUCUCUAAGGGCUUGUUUACAAUUUUGUCACUACGUCCUUCUUGCUAAUAUGCCUGUUGCAACUUUCAGCAAGUAGUGGCUGGUUAUCGACUACCAUAUUUCACAAGUAACUGUAGAGUAGUGGUGGCCGCUACUUAAAAUAAGUUGCUAUGUAAGAGUUAACAGCUUUUAUUAUCUAUGGGUGAUGCUACUCGGCAACUGUUUCCAACACUGUCUUUACUCCUUAAUGGUUUCUGCUAACCCUUAAAACUUACACAAAUACGGACUAAUUACUAAAGUGGACUGCAAAAUGCAUCUUUGUCUGUGUAGCCAAAACUCCUUAAUCCAGUAAUACCAUUAUUUGUCUUUUAUUUCUCUUCAAUGGGAUAUGUAGGUGAACGGUAAAGUGUUCCUCAAACCCAGUCCUGAAUAUGGCCAUUAGGUGUGGGGUAGGCAUGCACAUGAAUAAGGGGAACCUGGCACUGGUUCCUCUCCUUGCAUUUACCCAUGUGCAGUGGAAUUGACUACAUCAAUGGGGGAGUGGACAUGGCUUUUUUCACCCUCUGCUCCCACCUGUUGGUAGAGGGUGAAGGCUAUUCCGUUAUCCCCUUGCACCCAUUAGCAGUGGGUGGAGGGGCAAUAUAAUAAAUUGAGUAAAGGGCUUCAGCUGAUGUUCCCAGCCUAUCAGUGGUAUCUUGUUCCGAGGCUUCUUGAUUUAAACUUUGGACCAAGAAAGGAAGCAGAGGGGCAGAGCAAUAAGUGGUGUCCUCCAAAGGUUGGGGUUAAACAGUUCAUUAGUGGUUUAAUCCUUUAAGCUAAGAUGGCACCUGGGGCCUCAUUGCACCAUAACAACUUAAUUGCAAUGAAUUUAGUAUGAUGCCCAGUGUCCCUUAGUGGACUGAGUACAGGAUACAAAAUGCAGUAUCUUUCAUUUUGGUCCCCUUGUCCUAGCGCAGCAAUAGCGAACCUAUGGCACGCGUGCCACAGCUGGGACGCCAAGCCCUCUCUGUGUGCACGCACCUGUAGGCAGGCGCCUACUCUGCUUUUGUUUAGUUGGUGCGUGGUAUGCAGUGGCGGAUCCAGGUGGGGGCAACGGGGCAAUUGCCCACCCCCCCAUCCUCCUUUGCAGAGCUGUUAAGGAGGAAGGGGGGAAGGAGUCUCUCAGUCUUCUCCUCUGCAUCUGCCCCGAAUCCCGGCUUUUAGAGCGUUACCGUGGUUACCACGGCAACGUUCAAUUCCACGUGGUGCCGGGACCCGCGGGAAGUGCAUUCACCUGGCAAAGCCACAGAGGUGAAGAUUGAGACCCCUUACCAGGGAAUACAGUGCCACCGGAUCACCAGGGAAAAAAGCUGCGCCCUCCCUGGAGGCAGGUAAGAAACAGGGAGGAGGAAAACACUAAAAAAAAAAAAAAAAUACAUUAAAAUAUAAAAAAUUCAAAAAAUAUAUGACAUAAUAAAAUUAAAAAGAUGCUACCCUCUCAGACCCUGCAACACUCAACCCCAAUCAUAAACUUCAAAGUCUCUCUCACACUACACACACUGCACCCCUCACAACCACACACACUGCACCCCUCACAACCACACACUGCAGCCCUCACAAUCACAGUGCGUGUUGGCACUUUGAGGAAAACAAAAAGUUGGUUUGUAUAGCGGCUUGGGCACUCGGGCUCAAAAAUGUUCGCCAUCACUGUCCUAGCGGGUAAAUACAAUUCUAAACAAUAAACCCCUAUCAUUUAUGGUCAGGAGAAGGAAAAUAAAUUAAAAUGGUCAAAUAAAAUAUUGAAUCUGAGAAAAACUGAUUUCCUGAGAUCACCCUCACUAGACACAGACCAUUUUUUUGACUUUGCAAAAAUAUUUGUAAAUUAAAUGCAAAAUUGCAGUUUGAAAAUAUGGAUAAAAAAUAGUUGGGGUCAAAUUCAGAGAUCAUAUCAAGCUAUUCUAAAAACCAGAAAUGAGUCUACAAGUGGUGACUGUUCCAAAACGGACUAGUCCUCCCAGCUUGUAGAGAAUAACACCUUAGUAGACACUCCAGAAGUGUCGUGGAGCAUAACCCCUAUGCGUGAAACGAUAGGAACACUCCGACUACUGGAUAUAAAAUCCAGAUCGUAGAGUAUCAACUGGAAUUCAAAUUAAGAAUAAUGAAACGUUGAAAAUAAUAUAUCAAAAAUGAAAAAAAUACUGAAUUAGAAAAUAACAGUAUCUAACCGUGCUCCCACUUUGGAAGGUCAGAAGCAGAUAAAAAUACAAACUACCGCCAAUAAGCUCACCUCCAACUCCCUUGGCACUAUUAAUAACUGUCAAAAAAAUAUAUAAUUAUAUAUAUGUUCAGACUCCGGACUUUAAUAAUCCACAAGGUCUCUGUCUGUAACUAAAUAUAAAUGUGCAAAGACCAGGAGCCUUAUCAGGAACCAGAUCCCUCUGAACAACCCUCAAAAAUAUCAAUAGCUUAAAUAAUGAGUGUAGCAAAGAAAUAAUGGUAAUCAGUGCUACCUGAUUAAGCUAGGGGUAUCUGCGGACCAUAAGGGGUGAAUACAAAACUAGAAAUGUAUGGAGGUAAACCACCCAUACUGUAUAACUGCAAGUUAGAUAGUGUGUUUCAUACAGUGCUUAAAUGACACAGCGUAUCUAUUUGUCACUCAAAAGCAAUUAGGAGUUUAAACAUUUAACGAGUAUUGCGGACUUCGGCUAAAGAAUCCAAGCAUCACUGAAUAGCUUAGUCUCUCAAAGCCUUACCCCUCUUUAAACUUGCUAAAAAGCUGCAAUUAGUAGCUAGGAGUAAAGCUUAGACUACAAAAUCAGAGAAUCUUUACCAAGCUAACGUCACUCUAAAUAAACCCCACCAUUAUAUUGCAAAUGAUCGUGAGAUAUUCACCCCUAAAGACAGGUUCAGGAUUAGGAAGGAGGAAAAAGAUAAGCGAAAACUAUGACAUAUAAGUGUGCAGAACCAUACUUAGAUUGUUGGUUACCUGCACAAGGUGAUAGAGUGCUCAGUGAAAACUAGUGAAAUAAUAGAGAAAAACCCGACGCGCGUUUCGGUGCCACAAGAAUGCACCUUCGUCAGGGGGUAAAUCUGUACUGACCUAAUCAUCCCUUUUAUAUCCAAGGUGCCUUGCUGAAAUGAAAGUUUAAGCCAUUCGGUGAGUAGCCAUCCAUUUUCAGGCGCUCUCUGACAGAAUUAACUCUUUACAUCCCUAAUUCCAAGGGUGCCCAAAUCUAUCAUUUUACCAGUGAGUGACUAUGAAUCUUAUUGGAGGAAGGUGCUUUAUGCUUAUCUCACCGGAAUACUCCGGUUGUGAUCUACUACUUAUUUUGCUUGUGGACUCAUAAAAUUAUAUUAAGGAGCCUUUUUUUACUGGAAACGGGCUACUGUACAGCAAGGUGGACUGCAGCUGAUUAAAUGUCUGGCUCCCAAAAAUGUACUUGACAUCUCUUAAGUCCAAUAUACUGAUACUAGAGCAUUAUAUUCUGCUCACCUCCACCAUGCCUUAUAUGAAUAAUAGUCCAUGCUGAGCUCGCCUGGAUAUAAACAGAAUGAAUAUACCAGGCUGCCUGAGCUCUAAUGCCCCCAAUUAUAUUGGGGUGCCCACCAAAUUAAGGUUAUAUAUAUCUAUAAAAUCGCUAUUCAUGUCCCCAUGGCAGUGCUUCGCCAAGAACUACGUUCAGUAGUACCGCUAGCUAGUCACAAAAUCAACAGCAUCCAAUAAGUCGGUAUCCACCUGGUAUGCGUCUGCAUCAUAAAGCAGCCGAAAGCCAUGUAUAACACGAUCUCCUAGACAUAUAUAGUGGGAGGCUAUUCCGUACGGGUGCGGACAACGGACAGGAGGUGGUCAUGGGCAGAGCAGAGAGACCGAGAAGGGACAUACCUAUGUGAAGAUCUGUGAGGAGAUAUAAGAGGGGCUAGAGUUGUUCAGUGCUUUAUAGGUGUGAAUUAGUACCUUGAAUUGACUCCUAUGGAAUACAGGAAGCUAAUGUAAGGACUGGUAGAGGGGUUAGGUGUGAUAGAAGCGACUAGAGAGGAAAAUCAGUCUGGCAGCAGCGUUCAUUACGGACUGUAGCGGUGCAGUACAGCUUUUGGGAAAACCAAUCAGGAGAGGGUUACAAUAAUCCAUCCAGGAAAUUACUAGAGCAUGGACAAGCUCCUUGGUAGUAUCUGGUGGGGCGGAUGCGGGCUUCGUUUUUAAGAUGGAAUCUACAGGAUUUGGCAACAUGCUGGAUGUGAGGCUCAAAGGUGAGGCCAGAAUCAAGUAUGACGCCAAGACAGCGCACUUGCAAGGAUGGACUGAUGUGGAUACCACAAACUUGAAGGGAGAGCGAAAGAGGAGGAUCAGUAUCAGGAGGAGGAAAGACAAGGAGCUCAGUUUUAGAGAGAUUGAGUUUCAGAAAGCAGGAGGACAUCCAGUCAGAGAUGGAAGAAAGGCAAGCAGUGACACGGUGCAGGACGGCAGGGGAGAGGUCCGGGGAGGAGAGAUAUAACUGGGUGUCAUCAGCGUACAGGUGGUAGUGGAAUCCAAAAGAGGUAAUAAGUUUGCCAAGAGAGGCUGUAUAAAGAGAAAAUAGAAGGGGACCAAGGACAGAGCCUUGGGGGACUCCAACCGAGACAGGACGAGGGGAGAAGGUAUCAUUAGAAAAAGAGACACUGAAUGAGCGUUGGGAGAGAUAAGAGGAAAACCACGAGAGGACAGAGUAACAGAGACCGAGUGAUAGAAGAGUUUGAAGGAGAGCAUGAUCAACGGUGUCAAAGGCUGCAGAGAGUGGCCUUUGGAUUUAACUGCGAUUAGGUCGUUAGUAACUUUGAUAUGCAGACUAGACGCAGGGGAAGGCAUCCUUCGACACUGCAGAUGUUUUGGACUACACCUCCCACCAGGGCCAGCCUGGGAAAAAAAUUAGGCCCGGGCAUUUUUCAAUUAGAGCAGCCCCCCAAGAAGGAGGCGGGGCCAGAGAGGGUGUGUUUUGUCAUCACUAAUGACAAGUACACCCCCUCUGAAAGUGAGUAUGUUGGUUCAAUGCGCAGAGCCCCGCUGAAGAGCUCUAGCAUUAGAAAAAGGCCCUGUAUUUGUUCUGCGCAGCGCAAGCAAAUGUAAUAACAUGCUUGCGCUGUGUUUGCUUUUAAAUUGGCUCUGGUGUCUCCACAAGUGGGAUACCAGAGGACAAAAGGGCCAGGAAAGUGUAUGGUGCAUGUGUUUGGAGCCUGCUUGUGGGAUUGCGUGUGUGUAGAGUGUGGUGUGGUAUUGUGUAAAUAGGUCAAUUUUGUGGUGUAAUAUGUGUGGCUAGGGGAUGUAGCGAGUGUGUGCAUACGGGCAGUAGUGUGUGUGUAUAGGUGACGUAGUGUCACUUAUACACACACACUACUGUGUGUAGAGAGGGUGUGUUUAGAGAAUGUUGUAUGUGUUUGCUUACAAGGAAUGUAGUGUGUGUGUAGGUGGUGCAGUGUGUGUGUUAGAGAUCUAGUGUGUAAAGGACCCAGAGUGUGUAUAGAAGAUUGUGUGUGUGUAGAGGAUUAAGAGUGUAUAUAGGGUAAGGGAUCUAGCGUGUAUCUGGAGCGUAAUGUGUGUAGUGGUGCAGUGUGUGUGUGUAUAUAUAUAUAUAUAUAUAUAUAAUAUAUUUGGACGUAUUGUAUGUGUGAGGUGCGCAGCGUGUUUGUGUAAGAGGAGUGCUGUGUGUGAGGGUGUUUUUAUCUGCCGUCACAUUCUGGGUUUCUACUCCCGGACAUUUGCCCGCACCUCAAUUGAGGCUACUUUUUGGGGGAAUAUAUAUGUGCUGUAUAUGUGUGGGAGUGAGGGUGCCGUAAAAGGCCUGGGGGGUGCUGCUGUGUGUGUGUGCUCCAGCCUGUGUGUGCCCAAGCUGUGUGUGUCUGUGGGGUGCUGUGUGUGUGCACCAAAGCGUGUGUGUCCGAUGCUGCAAAAUCUGGGGGUGCACCAGCAAAGGUCGCGCUGUGUGUGUGUGUCCAAAGCGUGUGUGUCUGCUAGCGUCUGGGGCCGUGUCUGGGGAGGCUGUGUGUGUGUCUGGGUGCUGUGUGUGUGUCUGGGGGUGCUGUGUGUGUCUGGGGGGGCUGUUAGGGGAAUUAUUUUACUUUUUAUUUUAUUAAUAAUUAUAAUAUUAUAAUAAUUAAUAAUAAUAAUAAAAAAAAAUUAAGACCCCAUGUUGUCAUGCUUCCCUGGUGGUCCAGUGUUGAGAGUGAACUCCAGCCUGCAGGCUAGAGUUCACUCUCGCGAGAUCUGAGCGUUGCCGUGGUAAUCCCGCGAGAGGACCGGGCGGAGCUGCUGGUUAGAGCUCCGCCGGUUCUCUCUCCUCCCUCCCAACCCAGCCAGCGGCCGCCUGUAACUGCCUGUGGGCAGUUCUCCCCACCGGCCCAUAGAGGCACACAGCGGGGCCAGUGCUCGGGUAGCAGGGGCUGGCAGGGGAGAUCCUGUGAUUCCCCCUGCCGGCCUCGGCCCCACGGCCAUCGUGGCCCACCGGGCAUUUCCGAUGGCCAGUCCGGGCCUGCCUCCCACGAUGCCUUGCCAGCAUUAUAGCUGUAAGAGCAUUGUGGGAGAUGUAGUCCACAACAUCUGCAGUAUCGACGGUUACCUACCCCUGGACUAGAGUAACUAUUUAUAUCACAGCAGCAUAUUAAUUUAACCUUUUGCAAGCCACCAGGGUUACAAGAUCUUCCUUAGUUUCCUGUGCAGCCUGGGAGUAUGUAAACCCCACAGGAGAGAAAAAUAUGGAAUAUGGUAACUGAAUGAGACAGAUCCUUUGUUGGUGGAGUUUCCUCUUUGAUUUCUGAAUUUGCAUUAAAUGGUUACUGCAUCCAGAAACCAGGAUUGAUAUUAGCUGGCUAAUGGCGAAAAGCUGCACAUACAGACUCCAGGCACCAUGACCACUUCAAAUCAAAGCAGUGGUUAUGGUUGCAGGAGAAUCUCUAACUGCCAGGCAGCACCUUUCCUGUGCUUGCCAUCACCAUGUAAGAUGGCUGUGUGUCCAAACACAAUGGCUCUGUCUGCCCACAGUAGUAAUGGGUCCCUAAGGCCACUUCCGGGAGGAUGACGCGUUGCUACCCAUGAGCCUUUGCUCCUGAUCUCGGGUUAUUACCGCGAGAAAACCCGUGUUUUCCGUUAUUGUUUGUUUUAGUCGGCCCGUGAUACCGUUACACAUUGACGAGUAAUAACCGAAUAAUGUGCAGUUUCGUGAAUGACAUGCACCGUCCAAUCACCCGCACUCUCCCCGGGCGGCCAUCUUACCGCUGGGAGGACUAGCGCGGCUGCGGCUGCUCGGUUGCCAUGGCGACGGUCGGCCGCAGCAGCAGCAGCCAAUGAGCGCUUAGCAUGGCGCACCGCGCUGGCCAAUCAGCGUGCGAGGAGCGAUAUUUAAACCGUGGCCCUGCGUGCAGGGGAUAGAAGCGGCAGGUACUCUGAGAUCGCGGCCUACACCCAGCGCGGACAUUUUAACCCGGUUUUAUCGCCUGUUUUUACACUUUGUCCGGUUACUACAAUGGCAAUCCGUCGGGCUGGAGCUCUGGCUGUGAGUAUUGAGUGUGUGAUCCGCUAGCGGUAUGGUCUGUGUUUAUAUUAUAAUGUGUCUGUGUGUAUCUCAUGGAGUAUAUAUCGGGAGGGGGGGGGUUAAUGCACUGUUGGUGAGGCAGGCUCGCUUCUAAGGUUAGCGUACCUGAUGGUUUAGAGACUCUAACCAAAACAAGCUAAAAUUGUAUUAGUAAAAACUAGCCACUUGCUUCGCAUCCUCCAAGAUUAAUGUCCCCCCCUCCUCUCCUUUUCCAUUUGCUUUGUGAGGUGUAGGCUUAAACUUCCCUGAAGUGUGGUUAUAAUGUUACCGUCCUGCCCUUAAAGUGACACUAGUCACCAAAGCAGAAUGAGGCUGUCUGGGUGUGUAGCCUUCAUGCCUCUGCAGUCUUACUGCUCAAUCCUCUGCCAUUUAGGUGUUAAAAGACUUUGUGCUAGUCACACGUGAUCUGCUCUUCCUGUAGUCUCCUAAUGUUUAUACUAACUGUGUUUAUUGCAAAAUCUGUUACUGCUACCCCCUGCUCUGCUAAUGGCUUGCUAGACCCUGCAGUAGCCUCCUGUAUGUUAAAUUCAAAUUACAGAGCAGUAAUACUUCUAAAGCAAAUUACAUAGAAUGUGAUGGCUAAGAACAUCUCUGGCCAUCUAGUCUACUCAAACUUUCUAAAUUUCUCUAAUCCUUGGCCUUGUAUGCCUAUCCCAUACAUGUUCAAGCUCUCUCCCUGUGUUAAAGGGACACUAUACUCACCAGAACUACAGCUUAGUGUUUGCAUGUAAUGACUCUACUCACCAGAAAAGGCAGUGUUUACCUUGUCCCCUAAGGACACCAGGAGGGCACUCCUCAAAUGGCCACUGGAGGUGCUGUGCAGUAGGCAGCACUGCUUAAUUUUCAUCAUAUAGAUGCACUAAUUCAAUGCUUCUCUGAGGAGAUGCUGAUUUGCCAAAACAGUGUUUGGUCCUGCUCCUUGCUGAUUUUUGCCAAUCCAAUGCUUCCCUGUUGGACUAGCUAAUCAGUAAUUCUGAUAACACCAAGUGGGUGGGGCCAACACCAGCAGACCUGUGCAGUGCUGGAAAUAAGGUGGGGUUUUUUUUUUGUGUUUUUUUUUUAACUUAAGUGGACAAGCCACCUAAAUUGUGGGUUUUGCACUAUGGGGUCAGGAAUACAUGCUUAUUUCUCACCCUAUAGUAUUCCUUUAACCUCUACCACUUCAGCUGGAAGGCUAGUCCAUGCAUCCACUACUCUGUGUAAAGUAAUACUUCCUAAAAGUAUUCCUAAACCUUUGCCCUUUAAUUUAAGACUCCUCUUGUGGGUUUUCUUCUAAAUACACUCCUCCAACUGUGAUUCUCAUAUUUAAAUGUUUCUAUCAUAUCCCCCUGUCUCGUCUUUCCUCAAAGCUAUAUCUGUUAAGAUCCUUUAACCUUUCCUUGUAAGUUUUUAUACUACAAUCCAUUAACCAGUUUAGUAGCCCUUCUCUGAACGCUCUAAAGCAGGCUGGCCCUCCAGAUGUUGCUGAACUACAACUCCCAUGAUGCUCAGCCUCUCAUUCAUAUAAUCAUGGGAGUUUUAGUUCGGCAACAUCUAGAGGGCUGAAGUUUGGGGAAGCCUGCUCUAAAGUAGCAAUAUCCUGCUGGAGAUAUGGUCUCCAGUUCUGCAUACAAUAAUCCACGUGAGGGCUCACAAUUGCUGAUUGAGUGUGAAAUCCUUAUUUCCAUGCAGGCCGUAUCACUCACAGCCAGGGGAGGUGUAACUGGGCUGUAUAAAGCGAAACAAAAGCAACUUCACUCCUAAAUGGCAGUGAAAUGUCAUAGCAUGAUCUCUAACAUGUUUUGUUUACUAUAGUGUGCCUCUAUUUUGGCUUGUAAAAUAAAAUUUAUAAACACUACAUCUUUUAAAAUGUCUACCUUUAAAUGUGGUCUGACUGCAUAGUAGUGGCAUUCCUUGCCUUUUGGUUUCAGACCAGUUUACUGACAAUAACAGGGCAUUGUGCUACUGGAGAAAAAAUUAAACACCAGAGCAUGCACUGCAUGAUCAGACUCCCUCUUGUUCCCCCACCCCUGAUGCCUCGAGUAUUGGCCAGGAGAACUUAAAGGGACACUCUAAGCACCAGAACAACUACAGAUUAAUGGGGGAAAAACUGUCUGCAGGCUUAGAAUUGUAAAUGCUGCUGUUUACAUUGUCACAUAGGCACUAGAGGGAUUUCCUGGAGCGGUCCAGGAAACUUUGCACUGCUGAUGUUCAGUGUCUGCAUUAAGAUGUCAAAUGUAUCUAAGAAUAUGCUGACUGGUGCAAUGUUUGCUGUGUGCACACUAGCGCCAGUGCUUCCUCUAUGUGGAAGGAUUGAAAUGAUCUGUAAUAACAAUCAGGGAGACUGAGCUCCAGCUGGAGCAUCCAUUUAAAUGUAAAACUGUAAGUUAUAUAGCUAAUUUAUAGUCUGAGCCUGGAUCUCGCAACACCUGAAACAUCUAAAGUAUAACAAACUCGCUUAUAUUUCUCCUUGCUGUAGAAGUGGCUGUGUUUUACACAAGUUUUGUUGAAUUGUACUCAAUUUGCAUAUUGAGCAUUUAUCCUAGACCCAUAGGUAAAGGCCAUUAUGUGGCUAAUAACAGGCACCAAACUUUGGCAUUUCUCUGAAUCAUGUCAGUGACACAUGACAAUGUGCUACAGACUUAUGGCUUUUGUGCAUCAGCAACUUGCUUCUCUGGGCUGUAGUCACCAUGCCUCUGACUUUAAAGUGGCUCUGAUCUAAAUCCCUCUCCCCUAUUUUCUACUCUCUAUGAAGGGUAGAGCUUGCCUUAAGAUGUACCCAUCUUGUCAGUCUGUUUUGUCUUGUAUUAAGAGAAAUAUGUCAUAAGUCAUUCAGAAGAGAACAGUAGGAGCAAGGAACACGUGCAGUGAAAGAGCCACUUUAAGCAGUUCCUUGCCUAGCAUGCAAAACAUGCACCACAAGGCUAAUGGAAAAGUCAUCUGAAAAUGCCAACACAUCUGCUGUGACUGAAAAAACCUGUUUAGCCAUUUGAUAUCUAGACAUGUGUGAUGUUUGCUGCAGUGAAUUGACAUGCUUCAAUUUUAUUUUUCUUCUUCCCAGAUUUCCCAUGAAGCUGAUAAUGCUUUUGCAGGUGUAGUGAGGGCCAAAACACAGAUAAAUGGCAAAAGAGCAGCACUGGGAGAGAUCGGUAACAAGGUGACAGUGCGUGGAAAGCCAGCAGUCAAGGUAUGUUGCAUCUCAUCUUGGAGAGGAAAACUAACUUACCCUUGUUGAUGCUCUAAGUUUCUGGUUCUUGGUUUUUUUAAAUUCUGUCUAGACUUCGAAUGCUGUAGUGAAGACUUCAAGAUCUGUAACCACUAAAGUAGUGACUGUGAAGCCAAAGACUGCUCCUGUUAAACCAGCUGUAGUAGAAGCUCCCCCAAAAGUAAGACCUGUCUAAACUGUAUAGUAAGCAUGAUCAUGUGUGCCCAAUGUCCCACUGUUAAUCACUUAAUGCCUUACUAGGAAUGUUCUCCCAUCACUAUGGAUGUUUCCAUGAAGGAGGAGGAACUGUGUCAAGCAUUCUCUGCUGCUCUGAACAAGGUGGAGGAUAUUGAUGCAGAAGAUGGUGACAACCCACAGCUCUGCAGUGAAUAUGUGAUGGACAUCUACAACUACCUGAGACAACUGGAGGUAAACCAACUUAACACUGCUGAAUAAAAGCACUGGAAGCUCACCUAAACAACUCUUGUGAACUGCUGACCUCUAACUUGGUCACUUGCCUUUAAUCUGUCUGGGUUUCAAGCUGCAGUAAACAGAGCCCCACUGAUUUAACCAAUACCAGUGGUGAUGUUAAACUGCUGUUGGACUAGAUGUAUCUCUUGGUUACAGGAGUCCAAUGACAAUCUGGCUGCUCUUGCUUUAAGCCAUCACAAGUAAUACCCUAUGAUUUUAUAAUCUACACUUGGCAUCAGCUCAACUUAAGUCUUCAAUGACCACUGUCUGACAGCCUUACAAGGAAAGACAACUUUAGAUUAGUCUUGUCUUCAACUACCUGUAGAUGGCAAUUAUAUUCUAAAAGCCACCUUUUUAUAAAGCAUAGCUCAUGCAUGAUCGGUUUAGGGGAGUAAAGUAACUGACUGUAAUGUUCACAUUUCUAAUGGGUCUUUUCCACUGACACUAGAUCCAGCAGGCCAUACAUCCAAGGUACCUUGACGGCAAAGAGGUGAAUGAACGCAUGCGUUCAAUCUUGGUGGACUGGCUUGUCAGUGUUCACUGUAGAUUCCAGCUUCUUCAGGAGACCCUGUACAUGGGGAUUGCAAUCAUGGACCGCUUCUUACAAGUAAGACCCAUACUUUCAUGGAAAGUUGUCCAGAGCAAAAAGUGCUGAAACUAAAGGCUCUCACUUCUUUCAAGGUUCAGCCUGUGUCCCGAACCAAACUUCAGCUUGUUGGUGUGACCUCUCUCCUUGUGGCUUCCAAAUAUGAAGAAAUGUACUCGCCAGAGGUUGCUGAUUUUGUGUAUAUAACUGAUAAUGCCUAUACUACAUCUCAAAUCCGGGAAAUGGAAAUGAUUAUACUUCGAGAGCUUCGUUUUGACCUUGGGCGUCCUCUGCCUCUUCAUUUUCUGAGACGUGCCUCAAAAUCCUGUAGUGUAAGUUGACGUGCAUAAUCUCACUAUGUUUAAGACAAUUUGUCUAACUCAUCAGUACAACAGGUAACUCAACUUUGUAUCAGAACUACUAGAAUAGCCUAACUUGGAAGUGGCACUUGGCAUUUUUAUCUCUUCCUACAAGAGCAGAUUAAUGCUUGGGGCAAAAUCACUCCCACUCUGCAUGGACCCCUUAAUGAACUAUAGUUAUAACAUAGUCUAACAUUUAUAUGGCAUAUGUACCUGGUGACAGGUGUGAAUCGCAUGGGAGUGAAACUGGCAUUCCAGAACCCUAACAGUAUAGGGAAGAUCCCACAAUUGCAUAAAUAAAAUAGCUCUCUGCUCUGCACUCCUGCAACUGACAAGUCCUCAAUCAAACUAGGUACUGAUCACUCCAAUCAUUCACCUAGCCAUUAAGGCUUAAUAUCUAUAGUCUUUUAGUUGGCCUUGAACCAAAGGAAUGUUGACACUGUCUUUGCUGCCUCAUAACUUUCCCUGUGUAAAAGGGACAAGUCACAUUGAUAUCAAACUUCUUCUUUCUAGGCUGAUGCAGAGCAACACACACUUGCCAAAUACCUGAUGGAGCUUACACUAACUGACUAUGACAUGGUACACUUCCAUCCUUCAGGAAUAGCAGCUGCUGCCUUGUGCCUGUCCCAAAAAAUCCUUGGUCAAGGAAGCUGGGUAAGUGUUCAUGACUGCCAUUCCACUUAGUUGAAAUUGUAAAAUAUGCUAAACUCCACCACUGACUCCAAUUACUACCUUAAACUAUUGAAGAUAACAUCUUAAGUUAUCUCAAUCUCACUAGGAGCAAUGUUUUAGGCAAGAAAUCUAAACAUAAAGGCUACCACCCUUAUGUAUAACUAAACAUUGUAUAAAUCUCUUCCUUGGCAUCAACUUUUCUUGAUAAACAAUCACUUGUCUGAUUUAACAGUUCAUACCUACCAAACACCUGGUCUUGGCUCAAGUGGAACUUGCACUCUAACUGAAGUUGACUAUAUAUAGCCUGGCUUGCCUUAACUAUGUAAACUAAAACUCAUGUCUGCAAUAAGCCCCACAGAAUGCAAUGUUUAGUUCUCAACAUUUUAACUCUUCUUUCAUCCCCACUACUUCAGAGUCCUACCCAACAGCACUAUACAGGCUACACAGAAGAAGACUUGCAACUCAUAAUGCAGCACAUGGCUAAGAAUGUAGUUAAAGUAAACACCAACAAAACAAAGCAUGUGGUAAGUUGUCUGCUUUUUCUCAUACUCUUGUUGGACAAUGCAGAGUUUAAAAGUAAACUCCUCUAUCUACACAAUGGACACCAUGGCAGGACUAACACCCUAGAAUCCAACAGCCAAUGUAUAUGGCAAGUGUUCCAAUGCACUAACUAGAGUUACUGAUUCAUGUAACAUUGGAGUGUGGUGCUAGAUCAGAUUUAUCUAGAUGCCUGUAGAUCAAACUAAUAUGGGACACUUCUUAUACAGGCAAUAAGACUAACUCUGCUAAACUUCAAAGGCUGGAUCUACAGCAGAGGGAGUACAAGGAUUACCUUUUAAAUCCAGGUGACGUCUCAUCAGUUUAUACAGUAAACUCAAUCCUGAUUAAAAUGUUCCUGCUAAUAACAUCUCAGAUCAGCAAUUCAAACACCUGAGGAUUUGGGAAGGUUAGACAACCUUUAACAAUCCAGAUGUGAACUAGAUCUCCCUUAAUUUGCCAACUUUAUGGCUGGAUGCACUAUGGUGGACAGUCCACAACAUCUGUAGAUCAGGUGUAGGCAACCAUAGGUAUUAGAUGAUGGAUAGGUUUGCUUGUCUGGACUUAUAAAUGCUGUUUAACUUUGACACUCUACUCUCUUCAGGCUGUGCGGGACAAGUAUGCAAGCAGCAAACUAAUGAGGAUCAGCACCAUUCCUCAGCUAAUGUCUUCCCUCAUCACAAACCUUGCAAGUCAAGCUUCACACUAA